AUGCGGGGGCCGGGGGCGGUGAAGGCGGGGAGCCGGCCGCCGUGGCUGGGGCUGAGCGCGGCGGUGUGGGUGCAGGUGGCGGGGGGCGCCAGCUCCACCUUCGCGCUCUACUCGCACGCGCUCAAGCUCGCGCUCGGGGUCGACCAGCGCCGCCUCGCGCUGCUCGCCGUCGCCUGCGACGUCGGGGAGAACCUCGGCCUGCUCCCGGGCGUCCUCUGCAACCGCCUCCACCCGGCCCUGCUCCUCCUCAUCGGCGCCGCCGCCUGCGUCCUCGGCUACGGCGCCACCUGGCUCGCCGUCUCCGGCGCCGCCCCGGCGCUGCCCUACUGGCUGGUGACCUCCCCCUCCUUCUUCCUUGCACUUCAAUCCGUAUAUUCAUUAGUAUGGUUGGCAUUGUGCCUUGCUGCAAACAGUGGCGCGUGGUUGGGGACUGCCGUUUUGGUAACCAACAUGAGGAACUUCCCUCUCAGCAGAGGUGCCGUUGCCGGCAUCCUUAAAGGCUACGCCGGCCUAAGCGCCGCCGUCUACACCGAAAUAUACACCGGCAUACUUCACGAUUCGGCCGCGAGCCUUUUGCUUUUGCUCGCUCUCGGGGUUCCUUCGGUGUGCCUUCUGACAAUGUACUUUGUUCAACCCUGUCAACCCUCUCUGGUGCCGAAUUCUUCAGAGCAAGUUCACUUCCUCUUCACACAAAUCGGGAGCAUUGUUCUUGGGGUUUAUCUUGUUGGGGCCACAAUAUUGGAUCAUGUCGUAACACUUAGUGACGCAGUGAACUAUUCUCUGGUUGUUAUUAUGGUCCUUCUGCUCUUUGCGCCGGUUGCAAUACCCUUGAAAAUGACAUUGUUUCCAAGUAACCGAAGAAAAGGCCCGUCGGACUCUUCCGGCGCUGAUAGUGAUCAUACAGAACCAUUUCUUCCACCUUCUGCCUCCGGAUCAAACCUUACUGAUCUAGACGAUGAGGAUUCCUUCGAUAUUGACAUUCUCUAUGCAGAGGGUGAAGGGGCUGUAAAGCAGACAAGAAGAAGACCAAAAAGAGGAGAGGACUUCAGAUUUCGUGAAGCACUGCUCAAGGCAGACUUUUGGCUUCUUUUCGCAGUAUAUUUCAUCGGUGUUGGAUCUGGAGUCAUGGUCCUUAACAAUCUAGCACAAGUUGGAAUUGCAGCAGGUGCUGUGGACACCACUAUAUCACUCUCUCUGUUCAGUUUCUGCAACUUUUUUGGCCGUUUGGGAGGUGGUGCUGUUUCGGAGUAUCUUGUCAGGUCAUGGACAAUUCCCCGGACAGCACUGAUUAUAUGCACCCAAGUAGUGAUGAUAUUCACAUACCUGCUCUUUGCAUUGGGUCUCCACUCUACACUUCACGUCGCCGUUGCCUUGCUUGGCAUAUGCUACGGUAUCCAGUUCUUGGCGAUGAUCUCAGCAUCAUCAGAGCUAUUCGGGUUGAAGCACUUUGGGAAGAUCUACAACUUCAUCUCGCUCGGGAAUCCACUCGGCGCGCUCCUGUUCAACAGUCUCGCAGGAUAUUUCUACGAUCUCGAGGUGGAAAAGCAGCACGCCACGACGACGGACUUUGACGUCGCGUGCCAUGGCCCCAAUUGCUUCAGACUCACGUUCUUUAUUCUGUCUGGCAUGGCCUGCUUGGGCACACUGCUGAGCAUAGUCCUGACCGUGAGGAUCCGGCCGGUGUAUCAGAUGCUCUAUGCCGGUGGAUCCUUCAGCCAGCCCAGGAGCUCCGCACAUUGA